CAAUGUCAGUUGUGAUCGUUGUAUAUAGAGAUCUACGGCGACCUAUGGUUCAUCCGAACUUUAUGGCAUAACUGCUAAAAUACCAUUAUUUCUAACAUUUUGAAUAAACGUUUUACAAUAUAUUUCUAGUCUCAUCUCCAGACAAGUAUUAUAUUAUCACUCAUUCAAUAUAUAGUAAAAAAGCUCACAAAACAUGCUUAUAUGUUUUGUCAUAUAUUUUCGUGCAUAGAUUUGUUAGUUUAUAUUAUAUACAUGUUAAUUUCAUGAGUUUUCAUCUGUAGUAAAUUGACUGAUUUGCUGCAUUUCACUCCCCAAACACCACAUUUGGGAAAGAUCCACCUGUUAACGUGUGAAGUCUUAAAUAAUAGAUGUUCAAAACGGGAUUGUUCUAAUCCUUAAUGAUUAGCCACAAUAAUGCACGUUAAGGGAACAUUUUUUAACAUUUGGACAUUCAUUAUGGUCGUAGAUGUAGAGUCACCAAGACAAAAAUCGUCAAAGACACUGAAGCAGCUGUAUAUAUGGACUUCCUUAAAAAUUUGCCACAUAAAAAAACAAAACAACACAAACUUCCUGAUGCUGAAAAAAAUCCUUAAUGUACUGAACUCAUCUUGACUAUGAAGAUCUUAUAUAUAACCAAUGUCUAAAGAAAUAUAAACAGAUAAUUCACAAAUGUCAAAGGCUAUCUACAAACUUAGGACAAAAACUUUCUCAUCCACGAUAUAUGAACAGCAUUGAAUUGAGUUAAAGUUGCCGAUCUCGGGUUGUAAAUUGAUCUCAUUCAACUAUCAACCAUGCAGGGUUCAACACUAACGAUAGUCCGAAACUACCAGUUUUUUGGUCGGACUACAAGAAUUUUUAAGUCAGUAGUCUGUUGGACUACUAGAAAAAAUAAAUAUCACAUCAGUUAAUUGAGCAUAAAAUCUUAUUAUGCUUAAACUUGCAAAAAAUGAUGUCAAAUAGCCAAAUAUCACCGGUAAACACUCAUUCUAAAGCUUGCUGAAGAUGGCCGAGCAGUUACGUACAACGUGGACUGUUAACCAAAUUUCCCGCACAUUUCGUAAAGCCUUUUGAUCAAUAUUUAAACCAGUCUAAAGAAUGUCUUUAUUAAGAAAGGGAAAACCAUUCUUCACACUGUAUGGUCUGUUUAAAUCGUCAUACAUGUGAACCUCUGCCAAUGUCAACGAGGUAGAUUUGGGUCUCAAAAAAGAUUGUGUCCAAAAGUGGAGAAUUGUGGAGACGACGGCAAAAUUGUGUGUGUUAAUUUUUGCGCCAAAAUAUCGUAACUUUAUAUACAUCGAAGCAAGGACCAAUAACGAUUUUUAUCUUACUCCCAUAUUAAAAAUAAUUAGUAACACUUUGGGAAUUUAUUUCAUUAUGUCUUUUAAGCAUUAUGAUAUGUUGGUUAGAAUUAGAUUAACUAAGAAUACUGAAUAGUAGGAUGCCAAUUAUCAAAUAUUGCUUAUAAGUAGGAUGUCUGUUAUUUGUGCCGUAACUUAGCAACAAUCUUGGUCUUUGACAUGUUCCUUUUAUUUACGACAUCCUAGUAUGCACAAAUUUAUACAGUUAAUUAACACUAAAAAUGGAGGAUUGAAGAGUUUAAGUGUAUUUGUUUACAUUUAGUUUUUCACAUCAUGUCAAAUAGACAUUCUGUAACAGUCCAGUAUAAUAGGCAUUGUCAUAAAUUUUAUUAGUUUAAUAAUAUGUUACCGCACAAGUACAUAUUAUUUGUUUUUGUCAAGAUUGUGCACUUUAUGCCUCAUGGGUUUAGGACCUUCUGGUUUAUAAAAAAUAAAACUUGAAACUUUAUUGCACUAUUUUCCUGAAAGUGACAGAUUAUGGGGUAUUUUAGCAUUGAUUUUAGAUUUUUAUUCUGGGGAAAUUUUAGCAUGGAUUUUAGAUUUUUUUAUGUUUUAAAAUUAAUUCUAAAGCCAAUUUUUUUUAUUUAUUUUUUUGAAGACUGUGGAAAUUUUAAGAUUGAGACAAAUAAAACAACAUGACCAAUCAAAGAAUUAUACUGACAAUGUUCUUAAGAGAAGGCUUAGUCUCACAAAACACUGAAGGAAUCCGUUGCAUUUUUUUGGACUACCAGAAUUUUGGCUGGACUACCAGGAUUUCAGAUCCAGUAGUCCGAGGGACUACCUUGUGAAAAAUGUUAGUGUCUAACCCUGUCAACACAUCAAACUGUGGAUAUAAUUACAGAUUAGGAUACAUAAACCUUGAGCUAAUAAAAACAUUCAUCUAAACAUGUUUGUUUUUUUAUAACCAGACUCCAUCUAGUAAAUGCAAUCAAAUUGAAUGUGAAUAUAAAUUGAGGCUUAUUUAUUGAUAAUGAAUAUAUACUUUUAUGUACUUUUUAGCUCCACUGGCCGAAGGCCAUGGAGCUUAUGUUGUCACAGAUUGUCCGUCGUGAGUGCGUGCGUGCGUGCGUGCGUGCGUGCGUGCGUGCGUGCGUGCGUGCGUAAACUUUUACUUUAAACGACAUCUCCUCUGAAACUGAUAAGCGGAUUUUGACAAAACUUCACAGGAAUGUUCCUUUGGUGGUCCUUUACCAAAAUUGCUCAAAUGGUUCCGGUCCAUUGCACAAUAUGGCCGCCAGAGCUAAAAAUAGCAAAAUCUUUAAACGACAUCUCCUCUGAAACGGUUUGGCAGAUUUUGAUGAAACUUGACAGUAAUGUUCCUUGGGUGGUCCUUUAUUAAAAUUGCUCAAAUGGUUCUGGUCCAUUGCACAAUAUGGCCGCCACAGCUAAAAAUAGCAAAAUCUUUAAACGACAUCUCCUCUGAAACGGAUAGGCAGAUUUUGAUGAAACUUGACAGAAUUGUUCCUUGGGUGGUCCUUAACCAAAAUUGCUCAAAUGGUUCCGGUCCGCUGCACAACAUGGCUGCCAGGGCAAAAAAAUAGAAAAACCUUUAAAGAACAUCUUCUCAGAAACCGAUGAUCAGAUUUUGAUGAAACUUAACAGAAAUGUUCCUUGGAUGGUCCUUUAUCAAAUUUGCUUCAAUGGUUUCGGUCCACUGCACAAGAUGGCCCCCAGAGGUAAAAAUAGAAAAACCUUUAAACGACUUCUCCUCAGAAACUGAUGAUCGUAUUGCAAUGAAACUGACAGAAAUGUUACUUGGGUAGUCCUUAACCAAAAUAGCCCAAACAGUUCUGGUCUGCUGCACAACAUGGGCACCAGAGCUAAGAAUAGAAAAAAACGUUAAACUACAUCUUCUCAGAAACCGAUUAUCAGAUUUUGAUGAAACUUUACAUAAAUGUUCAUCGGGAUGCCCUUUAAUCAAAAUUGCCCAAAUGGUUCCGGUCCGCUGCACAACAUGGCAGCCAGAGCUAAAAAUAGGAAAAACCUUUACACCACUUCUCCUCAGAAACCGAUGAUCAGACUUUGAUGAAACUUGACAGAAAUGUUCCUUGGGUGGUCAUUAACCAAAAUUUGUUAAAUGGUUCCAGUCCACUGCACACCAUGGCUGCCAGAGCUAAAAAAUAAAAAAAACUUUAUACGACUUGUCGUCGAAACCGAUGACCUUUUUUCGAUAAAACUUGACAGAAAUGUUUGUUUGGUGCUCCUUUACUCAAAUUGCCCAAAUCAUUUCGGUCCACUGCACAACAUGGCAGCCAGAGCUAUUAAAGUAAAAAAAUUUUUUAAAUAACUUCUCCUCAAAAAUUGAUGAUUGUAUUUCUAUGAAACUUGACGAAAAUGUUCGUUAGGUGGUCUUUGCUUGAACCUUUUGGCCAGUGGAGCACAGGCACUGAUGUGCCUCUUGUUAUAGUAAAUGGAUGGCCUCACUUCCAAAUGUCGAAGCUACAAAAUCCAAUGUUUUCAGUAGCAAAGGUUUUACUUUUAGUAUUUAAUCUUGGUAAUUUUUACAAAAUGCAGAAGUUACAAUUUCAGAAGGUUCAGCAUUUUUGCUUCUAUGUGAGAUGUUCAAUCAUCAUGGCUCAACAUUUUGAUCACAUGAUACAGUACCAUUUUCUCAUUGAACUAUUUACUUGGCAUUUUGCAGUAAGAUGUGGCUCGCCUUUAUGAUUUUAGUGAUGUAAAAAUUCUGAAACAGAAAAAAUGCAGCUUCCGCAUUUUGAAGUGAGGCAAAAGAUACUAUACUUAAAUAAUAAAAAAUUAAAACAAGUAACAAGUUAAGAGUUAGUGGUUUUCCAUCAGUUGAUACCUGUGGGGUGUGGUGCUGAAGACCCUGGUCUAUACUUCAAAGGUCAAGGUCACGCUUAGAGGUCAAAGUUUGAAAUGUUUAUUGUUGAUAGGAUGAUUAAUGUUGUUAGGGAUGUUCAUGUACUUUGUUCGGACCACCUCUUUAAGUUCAAAUGAUUGUCUUGAUGAAUUCUCAGACAAGUUCUGUUCAAGUAUGGGUUGAAAACUAGAUAACUAGAUUAAAAUUUAGACAAACCCUGUUCACACAAUAGUGGCUUUUUUAUCAUCCUUCCUAAUAUUUUAUCUUACGAAUUUGUUUGUCCGACAAAGGCCUUAUUUAGACAAGUGCUUCUAAAAUUAGUCCGAAUUAUUGUCUGGAUAUAAUGUAUAUAUAAUGUAAUAUGGGUUGCUUUUAAUCAAAACUUAAUAUGUCAGUAUGUCAACUCAUAGAAAAACCUUAUUUAACCAUUAGUGGCCACAAAUUUUCACCAAUGCUUCUGAUUUGAAAUCGUGAACAAGUUUAAAUAUGGGUAAUUCAGGUCCAAAUAGUUUACUAGAUCAAAUCUUAUUCUAGAUUGCAAUGUCUGAAUAGUAAACAUGCAAAAGCAACCCCUUGUUUUGAUUUCAGGUGUUUACAGCACCUACCAAAUGGAAGGGUUGAUUGGAGGAAAAAUCCUGCUAGUUGGGGAGGGGGAUUUCUCCUUUGCAGUGUCGCUUGUACACCGCCUUUCAGCUCAGCAGAAGGAUGAGACGUGUCAUGUGAUAGCAACCAGCCUGGAGACAGAAACUACCAUACACAAACAUCAGGAUGCUGCAAGGAACAUGACAUGGCUGCAGGAACAUGGUGCUAGUGUAAUGUUGAAUGUGGAUGCUACAAGUCUGCACACCAACUCCAGGCUAGGUGCUCAAGCAUUCAGCAACAUUGUGUUCAACUUUCCACAUGUCGGAGGAAAGUCAAACCACAAAAAGAACAGAAAACUCCUGAGCGAUUUCUUCAGAAGUGCUGUUAAAGUGUUAGAGCCAGAAGGUCGGGUGCUAGUGACCUUGUGUAAAGGUCAGGGAGGCACACCUGCAGAUCAACCAAUGAGGGCAUGGCAUGAUAGUUGGCAGGUUGUUUCCAUGGCAGCAAACUCAGGCUUUAUUCUUACUGAUGUAAAACCCUUCAUUAUUGAGGACUACACUACUUAUACAUCAACUGGAUUUAGGAGUCAGGAUAAAGGUUUCCAUACCAAUAGUGCCCUCACCCAUGUUUUCCAGAGUGCUGCUGGCAUAGAGGUCCCGAACAGCCUUGGCAGGGUGUGUGUGAAGUUUGGGGAUGUCAACUUUGCUUGCUCCAGACACUUGGUCCAUCUGCUUGAUACUGUCAGUUUCGUCAAAACAUGGCCACACCAUCCAGUUCACAAACUUUACAGAAUUCUGCGGGCUGAAAUGUCAAAAACAGCAUAUGGCAAACAACUCGUAUUCACUGACAGAGGUCUGCAGCAAUUGACAAUAGGCAAAACUUGUACUGACGGAAAGAGUCGAUUUUCAAGCUGUGAGGAUUGCCAGGAGAAGUCAUGUCAUUCUGACUGUUAUAUGUACACACUGACCCAAUGUGAGAGUGAUGAUGCAGACCAGCAAUACAGUGAUAUCAUGGUAAAAGAUGGACAGAAGGCAUGUUGUUGUGAUUUUGUAUUAACCAACUAUGCACUACAAUAUGCAGAUGCAAUAAGUAAAUCUGAAGAACAAUCCGAUGAGAUAGUAACACUAUAUGGAGCAGUGUUGAGAAGGUGUCAUAUCAAGCCUAACCUUCUGCCGUUAGGCUUUCAUAUGGUAGUUCUGUGGCCUGUAAAUACAGCUGCAGAUAAAUGUUACAAACAUGCUAUUGAUAAUGAAGUAGAUCAAUUGGUUUCAAUAAUAGCUGGCAUUUUUAAAGAAACCACAAUACAUGUAGUUGCUGAAUGUUCGAAUGACAGUCAUUGGAAAUGCUCACCUGGUUAUGAAAUCCACUGUUACAUUUGCAGUAACAAAAGCUGUGGCAAUGGUGAAAUGAAAGCAUGCAUCAUUGGUGAAGUGUAUAGACGUAAAUCUCUUGUAAAUGAAGAAACAGAGACAACUCUGGUUGUUACACUUGACUUGUUACAGUUGGCUUGUGAUUUACUGAAAAUACCUGACAAAAGACUUCUUCUGUCUAUAGAACCAGGAAUUCUGAAGAAAUUUGAAGAACUUGGUAUUGAAGCAUUGGUUCAUGUUGAUAAUCCACAGGAGCAAAAGCAGUGCUGCACUUCUAUAGCAUUCCGACCUGUUAGUUUAUACCCAAUGAAAUAUACUCAUGACAUGAGUUUCUGGGAACAUGAAACAAAGGAGUUUGAUGAGUUUGCAUUCUUGGUCAUAAUCCGUGAUGUUACUGGCAUGACUGUUUCCCAUGUGGAGCUGUUAGAUCGUUAUCGUGAUACAAACACAGGGAAAUGGAGCAGGUGCUACAGACUGGUUUUCCAGUCCCCAGACUGUGCUCUCUCAUAUGAUACAUCGUGGAAACUACAAAGUGUGAUCAGGCUUCGUGUGCAGGAAAUCAUGGGAGUCUCACUCCGAUAAGAGGAUCUAGGUGCUACAAUUUAUUUAGUGGGAUUUAAGAUGAAAGGGAUGUAUUCCUUUAAGUUAAAAAUGUUAUUUUGAAAUUGUAUUUUUAAUCAGGUUUUCACAAAAAAGCUUGUUAUUAGAAUGACAUAUGCUGUUGUUUGGCAAGUGACCGGUGUCAAACUUACCUUUGGUAACGAAAUAGGUUUAGUUAGGUUUGACAUAUAGGGACCAAACUGGGUAUAUAGGAAGAAUUCAUGGAAUCUUUCAUGGGAUUCUUUUUGGGGUCACUGUUACAAUAAAUAGAAAAGUAGUUGUACUGAAUGACUUUAGUUAGGGUUGAAAUAUUGCGUACAAACUUGGUUUCAUAGGAAGAGUUUAUGGAGACCUUUCAUGGGAUUGUAUUUGGGGCCCAUAUAGUCAAGAUUAAGGUCACUAAAAAUGGAGUAACGGUUGGUACUGAAUAACUAAAGUUAGAGUUGACAUAUUGCGACCAAACGUAGUAUAUAGGAAGAGUUUAUGGAGACCUUUCAUGGAAUUGCGUUUCGGGCCCCUAGGGUCAAGAUCAAGGUAACUGAUACUAAAAAACAAAAACAAAACAGUUGGCAUUGAAUAACAUAUAUUUCAAUCAAACUUAAACACUAAAAAUAGAAACUUAAAAAUAAAAAAGAGCAGUUGGUAUUGAAUAAUAGUUAGGGUUGACAUAUUGUGAUCAAACUUGGUUAAAGAUCAUGGAGACCUUUCAUUCGAUUGUGUUUGGGGUCAAGGUCACUGUUACUAAAACUAGAAAAAAUAGUUGGUACUAAUUAACUUUAGUUAGGGUUGACAUAUUGUUACCAAAUUUGUUAUGUAGGAAGAGUUUAUGAAGGACCUUCAUAGGAUUGCAUUUGGGGCCUCUAUGGUCAAAGUCACUGCUGCUUAAAAUAAAAACAGUUGAAACUAAAUCUCACAUCAAAGGCUGAAGUCAAUCAUUGAAAACCUGGUAACGUUGCAUUGCAUAGUUUGUUUGUUUUUAUUUUAUAUAAAUAUUUCCUUGUUAAUGGAAGUGCUUUACAGUUCUUUGCAUUUUAAUUGUUUUCAAAAUAAAGGUUGUUAAUAUAUAUCAGUACAUCAUUUUCAAGGUGUUUUUAUCCCCUGGUGAAGGUGAAGGGGGAUUACUCAUGGUAGGCCUGAGUGUGUGUGUGACGACCUGGGCAAUCUUGUCUUGAUCAUAACUUAAGUCUUUGGGGUAUUGACUUCAAACCUCAUAUAUAGAUUCAUCUUAUUGAGGAGAAGUGCAUAGGUACCAUAACUCUGAAUGCAGUUAUAUUUCAGUUAUUGUCUUUAAUAAUGCCCCCUUCAAAGAAGAGGGGUAUAUUGCUUUGCACAUGUCGGUGGGUCGGUCCGUCGGUAGACCAAAGCUUGUCUGAGUGAUAACUCAACAUUUCCUUGACGUAUGGUCAUCAAACUUGACAUGAAGGUUGGGCCUGACCAGUAGAUGACCCCUAUUGAUUUUAGGGCUCAUUAAUUCUUGAAAAAAACUGCUCGUUUAAUUUUUGAUUUUUUUAGAUACAUGUAUUCAAUGUUUUAUUACAAAUCGUCUGAUAUCAAGAAAAGGGUAUCUUUCCGACUUCGUUUUUGCGCAGUAUCAAAUAAUCUAACCCCUAUACCUUUUCCUUUUCAAUACGUAUUGUAUUAUAACGUUUUAAAGCAUGACGUUAAUCGAACUAUUGUUUAUGUUAAUAAGAGCUUAGUUUUGAAUAAACCACUGAUCAAUAAUAUAUAA